GCAGCUCCGGGAGCUCCCCCAUAAAGGCUUCGUCCACGUCAGCCGUCAACCCUGCGUCGUUGCUCCCUUGGAUGCGCACCCAUCCAUCGUCGCUGCGCCGUUCGCCAUCAUGAAGCCCAUCGUCGCCGUCCCCGCCACGGCGGCGCUCGUUUUGCGAGCUUGGAAGAAGAAGUCGCUUACCCCGGCCGGCCUCGUCGCCGCGACCCUGACGGCCGUGGCGCACGCCUACCACCCCUGGAACCUCCCCUUCGUCCUGCUCUGCGUCUUCUUCCUCGCGGGGACGAGGGUCACGCAUAUCAAGGAGAAUGUCAAGGCCACGCUGACGAUGCACUCGCGAGGCACGCCCGGAGGCGAGGGGCCCCGGACUCACGUCCAAGUGUUUGCCAACUCGCUCAUGGCCUCCAUCCUGACCGUGCUGCACGCCUACCAGCUCCGAGCCCGAGCCGCCGCCCUGGCCGACUCUAAUACACCGAAUCCGAAGGGAUCCAUGUGCUAUUCCUGGGGCGGCGACCUGCUCGUCAUUGGCAUCAUAGCCAACUACGCGGCCGUCGCGGCCGACACGUUCAGCUCCGAGCUGGGAAUACUGGCCAAGAGCGAGCCCCGACUCAUCACGUCGUGGAACCUGCGCAAGGUGCCUCGCGGGACGAACGGCGGAGUCACCCUCAUGGGGUUAGCCGCCGGGCUAUUCGGCUCCAUGGUCAUCGUGACGGCGGCCAUGGUGUUCCUGCCGUCCUGUACGGCGGCAACGGCGCCCGCUCUCGGUGGCGGUAUGCCGUGGUCGCUGGACCAGCGGCGAAUAUUCAUGGGAUUCCUCAUCCUCUGGGGGGCCCUGGGGAGCGUCCUGGACAGCUUCCUCGGCGGGCUGUUCCAGCGGUCGGUCAAGGACGUCCGAUCUGGAAAGAUUGUGGAGGGAGAGGGAGGCGAGCGCGUGCUGGUCUCGGCGUCUACAAACCCGAUCGCCGGCGGGUCGUCCACGCGCGCCGAGGCCAAGGCUGCCGCCCUGGCCAGGGCGGACGGGAAGGCCAAGGAAAAGCUCAACACGUCAGCCGUGGAUGACGACGAGGACGAGGACAGGUACAGCAUCAGCAACAAGCACCGCAAGUCCAGCUUCGGCGACCAACGGCCGUCGCGGAUCGUCGAGAGCGGAUGGGACCUGUUGGACAACAACGAUGUCAAUUUCCUCAUGGCAAGCAUGAUGAGCAUCGGAGCAAUGGCCGCAGCGAGCUGGUACUGGGGUGUGCCUAUAGACUCGGUACUGAGGCCGUGAAGCUUAGCUGAGAUGUCGUUUGGUGAGACGGAUGGAAUCAAGGCGCAAGGCAGCUACGCAUGUAACUUCGAUAUCCCACGUGGGCCUGGGUGUCGCGCGGCUGGAGUCGCCCUUUGCGACCAACAGCAGCCGCCAAUAAUAGAUGGCAUGAAGAGAUCGCAGCAAGCAAGGCGCAAGGGGCAAGGCAAUGCAGGGUCGCAUCGCCAAGUUCCUUCCUAUCGUCGGCGAGAAUUUCCCCAGAUUCUCAACCGGAAGACGCCAGGGGGGCCACGCAUGUCCGGUGUCGGUGUGCGGGUCGAUCACAGCACGCACUACGUACUAUUAUUACUCAUUCUUACAGUGCCAGGCGCAGAAUGCGCAUAGCGAACUACUAAUCAGGCGCAACACGCAACCAUCUGCCCGGGCAAACCCUACUAAGCCUUUCUGUUGGGGAAUUUUUUCUUUCUCUCUCGAUUCAUCACAUCAUUUGCGAGCUGGUUCAAAAAGCCGGUUGAGUAGUUCGGAGUUCGGACCGAGACAGGGCGGCAAAACGCGGCCUCGACCGUAAAGAGACGGUAACCAGAUACUUACACCCCCGGGCUUGUCAUGCAGCAGCGAGAUGCAUAUCGGAGUGGGUGCCCGCGCCUACAUCAGCAUCAGCAGCAUCAGCGUCAGCACCGCACCUUGUUCCCCUUUGGCCCCUCCCUCCCUUUUACCCCCGGAACACAAUAGAGAGAGGAUUGGAUUGGAUUUCCUCUUCCCAGGUCCGGGGAAACGAGCACCGAUUCCGGGGAGCCCAAAAGGGGGGGAUGGAAAGAAAGAGUGGCCGGGGGGGUAGGCCCACGAAAAAGUCGCGCACGGGCGUGCCUAUCAGGAGUCGAAUCCGGGGUUGCUCGCUCCAGAAUAGUAGCGACUCGUGAGCAUGAUGGAAAAAUAACAGGCAGCAAAUCAAUCGAGCCAUGAUUAUCAUCACACGUGAGAAGAAAGGAGGGGGGUUGUUUCGUCCUCGGCCCACGAAUGACGC